AUGGCAGCGCCAGGCAACGCAGAAGAGACGCAGUUGCAAGAGAUGGAGGAAGAUGCAGCAAUGGAAAGAGAGAUGGAAUCAGAGGAAGAGGAGGAGGAAGAGGGCAUGGGUGUCGAAAGUUCAGACGACGACGACGAGGACGACAAAGAAAAUGAAGCCGAGAUUCAGCGUUUGGAGGAACAGCUCUCCAUCAAUGCAUUUGACUACAAUUGCCAUGUGGAUCUCAUCAAACUACUGAGACAGGAGGGUGAGCUAUUGCGACUACGCAAGGCGAGGCAGAAAAUGAGCGAGCUUUUCCCACUCACCGAAGAGAUCUGGCUCGACUGGCUCAAGGAUGAAAUCCGUCUGGCUCAAGAGGAACCUAGUCGAGAGAAAAUAAACGAACUCUUUGAGAGGGCUGUGAAAGACUAUAUCUGUCCAGAUAUCUGGCUUGAAUAUGCUCAGUACUCGAUUGGUGGCAUGGGAUCACCAGGGGGGAUAGACAAGGUGAGAGCUAUUUUUGAGAGAGCCCUGACUGCUGUGGGUCUACACAUGACCAAGGGAGCAACAGUGUGGGAAGCCUACAGGGAGUUUGAAAAUGCCAUACUAUCCACAGUACAGCCUCCUCCUGGCAGGGUCCCCUCCUGUGAGGAGCAGGAACUGCUAAAUAUUCAGCUUGAGCGCAUCCAUACACUGUUCCGCCGCCAGCUGGCCAUCCCCUUAAUGGACAUGGAGACUACACAUGCAGAGUAUGAGGAGUGGUCUGAGCAGGGGGUGCGUGAAUCUGUCUCUAAUCAGUACAAAAAGGCCCUACAGCAGAUGGAGAAGUGCAAGCCUUUUGAAGAGACACUGCUGGUAGCUGAGCCUCCCAAGCUGGCAGAGUAUCAGGUCUAUAUUGACUAUGAGCUGAAGGAAGGUGACCCAGCACGCAUCCAGAUUACCUUUGAGCGGGCACUGGCAGAGAAUUGCCUGGUACCAGACAUGUGGGCUAAAUACACUACCUAUCUGGACCGUCAGCUGAAGAUCAAAGACAUGGUUCUUUCUACUCAUGAGCGUGCUGUCAGGAAUUGCCCCUGGACCAUGAGUCUGUGGAAAAACUACCUGUUAGCCCUGGAAAGGCAUGGGACUGACCAUCAAACUGUCUCAGAUGUUUUUGAAAAGGCACUGAAUGCAGGUUUCAUUCAAGCCACAGAUUAUGUGGACAUUUGGCAAGCAUACCUAGACUACCUAAGGAGACGUGUGGAUUUCAGUAAAGAAUCAAGUAAAGAGCUAGAGGAAUUGCGGGCAGCCUUCUCUCGGUCUUUGGACUACAUGAAGCAAGAUGUUGAAGAGAGGUUCAGUGAGAGUGGAGAUCCUUCCUGUACAGUAAUGCAGAUCUGGGCAAGGAUAGAGGCCCUCCACUGUAAGAACAUGCAGAAGGCCAGAGAGCUUUGGGAUAAUAUCAUGACAAAAGGGAAUGCCAGAUAUGCCAAUAUGUGGCUAGAGUACUAUAACCUCGAAAGGUCCAAUGGAGAUUCCAUCCACUGCAGGAAGGCUCUCCACAGGGCUGUCCAAUGCACCACAGACUAUCCAGAACAUGUGUGUGAGGUCCUACUCACUUUUGAGAGGGUUGAGGGUUCUUUGGAAGACUGGGACGUAGCAGUGCAGAAGACUGAGACACGUCUGAACAGACUCAAUGAUCAGAGGGCCAAAGUGGCCGAGAAAGAAGCCAACCUAGCCCGCCUAGAGGAAGAGAAGUCUGAUCAGCGCCGGAAAGCUAAAGCAGAAAAAAAGGCGCAGAAAAAGGGUCAGAGGGGAAAUCAAGUUGGAGAGAAAAGGAAAGUAGAGCACGAUGCCUAUCCGGUCGAUUGGGAUAAAGAGUCGGCUCCUAAGAGACAAAGAAGAGAUGUUGACCCUGGAAGUGAGUAUAUGGAGACAGAGACUGGACUGUAUGGGCGAAAAAAACCCCAAAAGCCUGGACCACCUGGAGCUAAAAAAGCCCAACAGGGAGCAGCACCUGCAGAGCAAAGGCAACAAGAGGAAAAGCCUGAGCUCCGCAAUGACAGGAACAGUGUAUUUGUCAGUAACCUGACAUACACCCUGGAGGAGCCAGAGAAACAGCUCAGGACACUGUUCGAAUCCUUUGGUCCAAUCAAGCAGAUUCGCCCGGUUUACAGCAAAAGGGGAUCCUUCAAAGGUUACUGUUAUGUACAGUUUGAAUCCCAAGUGUCUGUCCCUGAAGCCCUAAAACUGGAUCGGCGAGAGGUGGAGGGCAGGCCCAUGUUUGUAUCACCAUGUGUUGACAAAAACACAAACCCUGACUUCAAGGUAUUUAAAUACAACUCAUCUAUGGAGAAACACAAAAUCUUCAUCUCGGGGCUGCCCUUCUCUUUCACUAAGGAGCAGUUAGAGGAGUUGUGCAAACAUCAUGGGGUCAUUAAAGAUGUCCGCUUGGUCACAUAUCGUUCAGGAAAACCCAAGGGUCUGGCGUAUGUUGAGUUUGCCGAUGAGGCCCAGGCUUCUCAGGCAGUCUUAAAAAUGGAUGGCAUGGUCAUCGGCGACUACAAAAUAUCUGUUGCCAUCAGCAAUCCACCCAGCAGAAACAUGAGGGACCAGCCUGGUUCCAGUGGGCCCAUGGCAGCCAUGAUGCCUCGCCAGGUCUUUGGAUCGAGAGGGAGAGGGCGUACCCAACUCUCGCUAAUUCCUCGCUCCCUGCAUCGACCGAGUGGAUCCACGGGAAAAGCUGAGAACGGAACUGCAACCAAACGAAUACCGGGAGCAGCCAGUGCAGCCAGCGACACUAGGUUUGCAGCAGAGACAAAACCUUUGUCCAAUUCAGACUUUGCCAGAAUGCUUCUCCAAAAGUGAAAGGACAAGCGCAAGAAGUACAGCUGCCUUCAAAUACAGAAAGCCAUCUGGUGUCCUUUACAGAUCAGCGAUGGUGACUUUUUUGUGAUUGGUUAAAUAUCUUCCCUUUAAUGCCGUCCCCUUUGGUUCCUGUGAGAAUGCCUUAAUCACUGUAGGUCCUGCCCUCGAUCACAAGCCCUGUUUAAAAAAAAAAGUUAACAAAUGUUUGAAAAUACUCCUAAUUGGUAUGAGAAAAUCUUGAUCAAUGUUUUUGUUUGUUUUUUGUUUGUUUUUUUUUUUAGGGUGGUUAGUAAACAUUUUAUAAAAAUGUAUCAUAUCUGUGUAAAUAUAUAAAAUCGUACACCUCAAAUUUUAAGGUGUAGUUUUUUUUUUUGUUGUGAUAUGUGAAAGUUGAGGGAAAAGUGUUUUUAAAUAUUCUAAUAGCCAGUAAAUGGUGUUUAUUGUUUAAAUUGUUUAAAAGGUAUAUGCAAACGGUGACAUUUGUAUUGUGGUAUAGUGGGUGUGUGUACGUAAGUUGGAUGUGCUAUAAAAUUGAAAAGGCAUACUCCAUAGGUUUUCAACAACUGUGUUCUACAGUUUUAUCUUGACCCCUGAUGACAACAAACUUAGCGUGACUGUCAGGAUUUUGUCACUGAAUGUGAUAAACAUUCAAUUCUUUGUAUCAUUUCUCAAUUACUGUCUGCUGUGCAAGAUGUUUGACUGGCUGAAGAGCACCCAGACACAAAUGGAAAAGCGUAAACCAAUGCUAAUGGAAUUGGAAUGAACUUCAUCUCAGCUUCAGGGCAAAACAUCCUGUUGUCUUGUACAAAAUGGCCCUUUUCAUCAUGGAUAGGUCUCACUGCAAAAACGUAGAAAUAAGAUUUGUAGAGCUACCCAGAAGUAUUUCUCAUAUCUAUUUAUCCUCGUACUACAUUUGUUAGUGUUAUGAUCAAUAAUAUGAUCCAUCUAUGCGGGGGGGGGGGGAUUAACCAAUACAAAUUUGAUAAAACAAUUGUGGGGGUUGUUUUUUCACUGUAGUAUGAGGUGAGGUGGGCAGAUUCUAUGAGAAAUACAAAUUAUUUGCUGAACUAGGACCUGUGUUGAAUUUUAAACUGAGUAGGACUUCUAUACCUAUAUUUUACAAGAAAAUUAAGUUGACCAAGGAAGGUAGUUGACACUUGUUAAUGUCUGAUAUAAAUUAUCCAACAGGACUAAGGUGCUGUUUGAUCUUUUGAUUUGGAUAAGGCCAUCCAUGUCAGGUCUCGAGUUGCAUCCAAAGGCUGGAGGCAUUUGGAUACAACAAAGCAGAUUGCGAGGCAGAAACUGGCAGAUUAGUUUUGAUUUCUAAAAGCCCUAUGAACAGUGUCGCGCAUGUACAGCUACAUCUCAUCCCACUAUGUGCAGAGCAUGAAAAUAAGCCUAAAGUUAGUCACCAAAUAAAAUCCAACAUUUUUAAAAUUUGGAACGCAAGUCUAUUUUUUUUUUCCCUGUUGUGUUUGACUACUUAAACUGGCUUUUUUCUUGAAGAUGGCAUUAUGUGAACUAUAAUCAGCUGACAGCUUAUUAGUUUUCCUGGAAAAUUAGACUUUUAUUUUUAAGCUUUAUCUUUGAGCCUGCGUUGUCCAUAAUUACUGGAAAGAAUCUGUGCAGCUCUGGUUGCAAAGUGUUUAAAGAACAUCUUUAUUCAUUGGUGUGAAGAAAAUGUUUGUUUGUCCAUGGCGCUCUGCUACACUACUUUAUAGUGUACAUUGAGUUGUUAUUGUGGUUUGAAUUCAUAAAACUUUGCUCACUUCCCAUACAAUAUACAUAGAGCUCAAAUUUCAAACAGGUCCCUAUAGUUUUGUAAUGAAUUUCAAAGUUUUCAUGAGAGAUGGAAUACAAAGCUAUAUGUAUCAAAAGUUAAUCACCACAGUGGCCUAAUUUAGAUUAAACAAAAAAACAAAAAAACAUUGGUCUGUAGAAGUCACCUUUUGUUUUAUGUUCCAUACAAAAAGAUGGUGUGUGUGCAUUGCUGUUUACUAUCUUUUAUAUGGUCAUGAUUUCUUCAGAAGUCCUGCAAAUCAAUUUGGUUUAUAUUUAUUUUUCAGCUUUGUUUUAUGGUUUGCCUUUGUAUUUUGGGUGCAGUAAAAAAGUCACCAUGUCACAUUACUUUGUUAUUUCUGGUCUAAAAUUUUUUAAUAAAGAAAUGGUUAUUCAUUACAAUGUCAUUCUGAAAGAUCCUCACUGAUUAUUCUCCACUGCUGUAUAACCCGCACAAAUUCAUAUCGGAAUAUAAUACAGUUUACUUUGUAGGAAAUAAAUAUUAAAUAGAAGAAAGUGCUUUACAGUGGGAAAAAAAAUUACAUCCAUCUCUGUGAAUAGUAAUCCAUAACCAAAUGAAAUGCCUACACACUAAAACAUUUGCAGUACAAAUUGGUCAUUCCUGUCAAAGAUUUUAAAGUAGCAUGAUUUUCCUCACAGAUGACAAUAUCAAGCUUACGUCAAGCAAGAAUAUUAAAAAAAAAAAACUAGUAGUCCUCAAUGCUAAUCAUGGUAUUCAAAAGGCAAUUUGAAAAUAAUGUAACCUCUCCAUAGCACUGUUGUGCAUUACUUGGUUUGUUUGUUAGCAAACUCAAGCCCAGCAGUCACAUUUCAAUUCAAGAAGUGAUACAGGAAUGAUGUGGACAUGCCAAUGUUUCUGUAACAGCAUAUUCUGAUUCAGCAGGUGAAAAGACUAAAGAAAGAAUGGGACUUAUUAAGAUGGGAACAAAACAGUAGUCAACUAAGAGGCUGAAACUUGUUGCAAAGCUUGACAAAGCAUUUUAAGUCUUGAGUCAUCACUACGCCAGGUUAUAACAUUGGUAAAGUGUGCAAGUGUACAAACAUCCCUAUAAGCCC